ACGCACGCGGACAGCCUGUGGCGAUGAGGAUGCGCAACGAAGACGAGGAAUCUCUGGACUGGAAAUUCGUAUUCGAACUCGCGUCGGAAGAAAGAUCCACCACCCCGUGGCAAUGCCAGUCGUUCGUGCCAGCAGUUCCUGACCGUGCACGUGCCAGCAGUUCCUGACCGUGCAUUGUUCCGACAGGUUCGCCUCUUGCCUGGAGCUAGCUCGUGCAGCUCUCUACGACAUGGCGGCGGUUGCCUGUUCAUCGUGUUGAAAGUAGACGGGUGGACGAACAAUAUUCGGCUAUGUCUGUAAUGGGCCCAAUCUCGUGAAUCUUGCAGCGCUCUCCCGUUGUCUCUCUUCCUUUCCCUUCCUCUCUCCCCCUCCCGCGCUUUCUCUGCCCUCUUGUAUUCGUCCUCUCUCUCUCUCUCUCUCGCUCUCUCUCUCUCUCUCUCUCUCUCUCUCUCUCUCUCUCUCUCUCUCUCGCCCCCUGCCUCUCUGUCUCUCUUCCUGUCUCUCUCUCUCUCCCUAUCUCUUGUUUUUUGUAGCUUGCCAGCCGAGGCGAUCCGUUGCGCGUGCUGUCCGUUGGGCGUUGGCGGGUGGACGGCGAGGGCGCAGUGGCGGUCUCGGUAGAAAGGGAAGGGAGGGGAUUAAGAACUGCAGGGAGAGGAUUUAUCCCCUCUGGGUGAAGAGGAGGGAAGGAGGCGGGAAGGCAGUGGGCAAUCUUGGUAGAGGACCACGUGCCGCAGAAGGGCCACAUAGUUGCCCGCCUGCUAUUGGUGGGCGGGUGAGCGGGGAGCAAUCCUGAGCCCUUGGCCGCGGGGAAGGUCCAGAAAUUUUUGUAAAGAGUGGAACAGGGGGCUUCGGCUAUGGUAGACCCCAAGCUAGAGGACGCGUCCGAGCUGUCCUCUCGCGAUGAAAUCCGCCGUCAUCGAUCGACUCCAGACAAACGCGAGAGACGUGGUUCGUCAGAUGAAAAGCGGAGAACCCCUGAACGGAGCAGUAGGAGUCAUCGCGAGCAUCGAAGCUCGGGAGGAGGGGGAGGGGGAGGUGAUGAUCGGGAUGACAGGCGGGACCGCGAUUAUCAUGAUUAUCGCGACCGACGUUACGAUGACAGGGGCGACCGUCGGGAUCGAGACAGAGAACACAAGCGGACGCGACAGAAGAGCUCUACUCCGCCCUAUUCCUCACACGAUCGCGAGAGAGAUAGAAGGCGGUCGCCAGUGUACAAGCGUUCCAGGAGAGAUGAAGAUUACGAGGGAGGAGGGGGAGGGAGCAGUCGAAGGGGAGGAGACGGCAGCUCUCGGGGGGAUUCGAGAGGAGGGGGGGACGGGGCAGGCUCGCGGGGACUUACGGACGACGGUCGCGGUGACCUUGGCGGGGGGAUGGGGGGUGGAAACCUUUCAGGGGGCCCUGGGAUUGGGAGCGGCGGUUCAACUCUUGGAAGCGGGAGGAGCAUGGCAGCUGCUAGCGAGCGGUAUCGGUACGAGUCAUGUGGCCCCCCUCCGCCAAUCGUGGGACCUCGGUCAGUAAUUGGGGCAGUCGGAGGGGCUGUGGGUCGAGGAGGCCCGAGCUUCCGAGGAGGGAGUGGAGAUGAGCGCGCAGGAUCUCAAGGUCGUCAGAUUGGGCCCGUGCCACGUGGUGGUCCGGGAGGCUAUCAGCACCCUUCAGGCCCCGGGCCUCAUGAAUGGCUCAGCUCUGGUCGUGGAGGAGGUUCAUACGAAGACGUCCAGUGCCCAGGGGCCCCCGUUGAUGGGGGGCCGGCGUCAAGGGACUCUAGACGAUCUAGGGAGAACGGUGGAGCCCUCCUAACGUACAAGCAAUUCAUCGUCGAUCUCGAGGAUGAUAUCACACCUGAAGAAGCACAGCGAAGGUAUGAGGAAUACAGGAAGGAAUAUUCGGAGACGGCGAAACGGUCGUUCUUUGAGAGUCACAGAGAGGAAGAAUGGCUAAAGGAGAAGUAUGACCCUACUGUUCUGGAGGCGUUUGUGCAAAGACGAAAUGAAAAUGCGCAGACCGCAUCCAAGGAGUUCGUAUCAGAGUUUGAGGCUGGUGCCCUGGACACGGGACCCCAAGUAAGUGGCAGGCAGAUAGCUGUCGGGAAUGGAAGCACGAUGGUGGACGGUGGGUUGGAAGGGGAGCCGUUCUCGGAUGAUGAAAGCGAGUUGGCGGUAAAGCACAGAAAGCGGGCUCGAGAACUGAAGGGAGCUGCAAAUGCUCCCGUUGUGGCGGCCGGCUUUGCGGACCCAGCGAGGGUAGCAGCUGAUGUGGAGCAGACUUUUAGUUUAGUAAAAAAGCUGGAUGCGGAGAAGGGGAUUUCUGGGAACACGGUGUUUGACAGCUGUGUAAAGAUUUCUAAUGGCAAGCAGCCACGGGAUGGGAACGGGGAUGGAAGUGGGGACAUGGAUGAGGAUAAUGCAUCUGGACCGCGAUUGCAGGGUCUGUCACUGCUUGAUGCUCUGCUCACUUACUUAUGGAGGGUACAUGGGGUGGAUUAUUAUGGGGCACAUGAGCAGCGUGGGCCUCCCAAAGGCCUCCGGCAUGUCCGUGCGGAAUCGAGCUCAAAGGACAAGCACAUGGACCAGGCAACACCGAUGGUAGAGUUUUCCGAGUGGGAGAGAAAGGUAGAUUCUACGUGGCAAGCCAGACUCCAAGCAGUGGAUCCGCUGAUCGUGAUGCUGGGAAAGGAGAAGAUCGAAAAGGCGUUGACUGAAGCGCUUGAGGCGUACAUCCGAAAGAUCAGGGAUGAGAAGUAUGGUUGGAAAUAUGGUUGUGGAGCAAAGAACUGUACAAAGCUGUUUCAUGGUCCAGAGUAUGUGCAAAAGCACUUAAAGCUGAAGCACCCGGACCUUGUGAGCGAGCUCACAGCUCCCGUCCGAGAAGAAGUCUACUUCCAGAACUACAUGAAUGAUCCAGAUGCUCCUGUGCACCAAGGGUUAUCGCCGCGCUUGAAGAAAGAGAAAAGUGGGCGGCGGCGUAGAACACGCAGUGAAGGUGCUGGUGGCGGCAGUGGCUCGGAACGCCGUGAGAGUGAGCGAAGCAGUGCUGGUAGGGUUAGAGAAUCAGACAGGUAUAAUGGGGAUAUACGAGGUGAGCGCGACCGAGGAAGCGAUGGGCAUGGGGAACGAGAUAUGGGCUAUGCUCCACCUCCCCCCCUUCUCGAGUGCCCAGCUCCGUUCGAUGGUCCUGGGUCAUAUGAUGGUGGUCCUCCUUUUGAAGAUGGCAUGGACGGUAUGGUGUACGAUUUCAAUGGACGCCCAGGGAACAUGUCAGGGCCUCCCCCGCUCGGGCCUCACAUGCCGCCUCCGCCCCCAGUUCUCAUGCCACUUCCUGGAGCUGGACCACUGGGGCCAUUUGUCCCAGCUCCACCGGAGGUCACAAUGCGAAUGCUUGGGCAAGGCCAACCACCUUCUGGGGCAUUUCAUCCGGGGGUGAUGUUUGAUGGGAAUGGAGGAAUGAGAGGGUCGCACAGAACUGGGAGAAUGAAGCGAGUAGGCCGGCCCUGGCCUAUGAGGGGCAUGGGAAUGGGACCGCCAUUACUUGGACCUCUGCCACAUAUGCUCAGAGAGGACCCGAGACCGAGGAGGAGCUAUGUUGACUUGGAUGCGCCGACUGAUGAGGUUACAGUGAUUGAUUAUAGGAGCUUGUGAGAAUAAUACACAAACUUUGCGCCGGGAAUCAGACAGUUCAUGUGCUAUGUGCUUGCAGAUGGUUCACCUUGCAGGCAAAGCUUGGGAUGUAGGAGUUGCAGGGGGAGGGGGACAAGGGGGAGGCGGAUGGGGGGGAUGGACUUCAGGCUAUGGUUCCUGUCAGCAAAGGGGUUGGAUUCCCUUUCCGUUUUCCCUUUUUCUCGCGUUUUCCAGUUGAUGCAAUUAGCCGCUAGAGCACGGGAGAGCAAACCAAGCAUGGAGUGAAGAAUGGUGGCAGGGCUAGCAACGUUGGUUGUUGCAGGUAAAUGGAAGGGAGACGAGGAAGGCUAUGGCUGCCGUCAGCAAAGGGGUUGGGUUCCUUUCCGUUUUCCCUUUUUCUUGCGUUUUCCAGUUGAUGCAAUUAGCCUCUAGAGCACGGGAGAGCAAACCAAGCAUGGAGUGAAGAUUGGUGGCAGGGGUAGCAAUGUUGGUUGUUGCAGAUAAAUGGGAGGGGGAGAUGAGGAUAGUCAUGCACGAAGUGGACCUUUGUAUUUACAGUGUGCGGAUCGUCUCUUUGCUAAGACGGAAGUGUUAUUGAUUUCCUCACCCCUGAAUAAGGGAGGAGGGUGGAAAUCAGAUUUUCCAGGUGGGCGACUACGUGUCCCCCCCCCCCCCCCCCCCUUGUGUGGGGGUGGUGUGGUGGCAGUUUGGGCGUUUAGUCAGAUGCAGAAGCUUUCCCUAACCCGAUGUGGUUGGUCAUCCCAUGGAUUGUUUGGACGGCGGCGAGUGUUGCCCUUGUUGCGAAAAACGUGGUAAGGUAACUGAUGAACAUAAGCACAGUUUCUUUGUGGAUUCUGGCCGCAUUUUUAGCGGAGUGUUUGUGUGUGGUGUUCUCCCCGUGGUGACUUCUGAUUCAUAAAAGCCACAAUUGCUUCCAGAGUCUUAUGCCGCUGGAACUGCAGUGCAGAUAUGGGAGAUUCCUCUUGAGAGAGAGAGUUCUAGUGCACAACAUGAAUGAGGCUACGGAACAGCUGGGCUGCUCAAUACUGGUAGGGCUGUGUCCACAAUACGUCUAGUGUUUGGUUUUGAGAUUGUGAACCUGCGACAACGAUGGGGAUUCUCAGAGUUUGUGUCCAUGGCAAUCAAAGUAAGUACCGUGU